AUGGCUAUUCCAUCAAUUACUGCUCUUAGGGACGACCCCAAUACUGAGCAUCGCCUAAACGCCUGUGCAUAUCAACAGUCAGCAAUCACAACUUCUGGUAGCAUCCAGUAUGUGGCUUUCUAUACUCCACGGGAAGAGUCGGUCUCUAGAAGAGUCACAAUUGCGCGCCAUGAUCUUCAAGACACUUCCUCCAACUGGCAAUACUUGACUUUCGAAGAUUACGACCAGACGACCGAUGACGGACAUAAUACGAUAUCCAUAGGGAUCUGUGCCGGUGAUGGAACAAUUCAUGUGUCGUUCGACCACCACUGUGAUGCGCUGAAAUAUCGCAUCUCGCGACCGGGUCUGGCAAAUGACACGAGCAAGUCGAGUUGGGCGGCAAGCAACUUCAGCCCAAUCCUAGACCAUCUACCAGGCUGCGACGGUUUGUUGGACAUUACAUAUCCAAGAUUUAUACCCGCAGCGAGAGAAAUGUACUUUGAGUGUCGCAUUGGAAAAGCAGGUGCCGGCUCCGAUGUCCUAUAUCGUUACAGUCCCGACACCGCGCAAUUUGUCCAUCUGGGAACCUAUCUGGUUGGAAGACAGUGUAAUCCAUAUCCCAAUGGAAUAUCCUAUCAUUUACCAACGAACAGCUUACACGUUACUUGGACUAACCGACAUUUCAUCGAGUAUGAAGGAGCAAAGGACGGUGCUUCCACGGCCCACAAAGCGCAAGCUGGACCUAAUGGCCCCGAGAAUAACGAAGGUUUAUAUUAUGCGUACAGUCGAGACAAUGGUGCUACAUGGAACGGACCAAGUCAGGAGUCAGUGACUGUUCAGCCAGCACGUCCAGGGACCGGACUCGAGUCCCAAGAUAGUCAACUACUCGUCAGGAAUAUCCCUCGGAACAGUGGUAUUAUGAAUCAGGAGGCACAGUACGUUGACUCUCAGGGAGGAGUGCAUGUACUGAAUCGAGAAAAUACCACCGGAAAGGAGACGUGGAUGCAUUACUACCGCUCUUCGUCGGACAAUCAGUGGGCCUUUUUUGCGCUACCUGAAAUCUAUCCUACGCCUACAGGCCCUCGGGGCAAACUUGUCCAUAGCGAGAAGCUCAAUUCUGUCUUCUUCAUUCUUCCGUCGAAUACGGGGAAUGAACUGCUGAUUGCGCGGAGGAGUAUGACUGAUAUAGAUGGAGAGUUUCGUGUAGUAUGGAGAGAUCAUGGAUACAGUGGAGAACCACUGAUCGACGAAGAGGCCUUCACGAAGUUUGAGCUUCUGUCUGUUCUCAUAUUGAGGGAUGAUGAAGACGGUAAAAGAAAGGUUACCGUGCUACAGUUCGACAUCAAUGAACUGGCACAAUGA